UCUUUGGAUACGGCAUUCCACCAAUCAAAUUUAUACAAGCUGAUAUUACUAUAAGUAUACUAAUUACUUCAUCUAUAAAUAGAGUGGAUGCAUUUCCACAAAGAAUCACACAAACAAAACUUAAAGCCUUAGCAUUUCCACUUUCCAAUUUCGAAGCAGGUGAUCAUGGCCUUCAAUCUUCCAAGGUUCAUCGCCAUUACAACAACUAGUUAUCCUGAUAAAGGGCAUUUUUACUACAACGAAGGAGGAAGUACAGUAACUCUUGGGGAGCAGAGUGUGUUCAGCACACUCGUGAAGAUUGAAGUCGAAAGAGCAACGGGAAACCCAAACUACGUUCACCUUCGAUUUUGUCAUUCCAACAGGUAUUGGUCGAAGAGUGCAACCAGAAACGUCAUCAUUGCUGAAUCGAAGCAACCCGUGGAAGACACAAAGGAUCCUUCAUGCACGCUGUUUCAGGCAGUACAGGCAGAUGAUGAGCCGGCUGGUGUGUUUUACUUGAAUUACGUUCCGACCGGUGGGCGUCUGUUGGUAGAUAACAUUGAAACUUGGGGCCUUUUCACGGAGGUAAACCCCCCAAAUACGUACGGUCAUCUAAAUUACGUGGAUUGGAGUACAUUGGUCAAACUGCCUGCCCACGUGGCUUUCAAAGGGGAUAACGGCAGGUUCCUUAAAGGAAUGCCCUGGGAUGGUUACAACUACCUGCAGUUCUCAUCCGAUGAUCCUAAUGAGGAGGCGUCCGGCCACCGCGUGUCGUUGAUGCCCGACGGACAUGUCCGGAUAACGUCAGAUUACUGGGACAGCAAGUUCUGGAGGCGCAGUCCAAACUGGAUAUGGGCGGAUUCCGAUCAGUCUUCCGUCGAUGACAAGGACACUCACUUCUGGCCCGUCAUAGUGGACGACAACAACACCAUUGCACUCCGCAACGCUGGCAACAACAAUUACUGCGGACGUCUCUCCACCGAAGGGAAGACCGACAUGUUAAAUGCGGACGUCCAAAACAUCACCAAGGAAGCAAGACUGGUGGUGCAAGAGCUCGUGUCCCAGAGAAACAUCUACAACGUCGUAUAUCGGAUGCAGGACGCCAGGAUAUACGACGAGGUGCCUUACGUUGCUGGCUCAUCCGUGCUUACUAACUCAAGCGACCAGGAGGCUGCUAUGGCUGUUCAGAUUACUUAUCAAGACGAGAAAUCUUAUACUUUUAGCCGCAGCUUCUCUUUAACUGCAGGGGUGGAAACCAGCUUUAGCACUGGCGUUCCCUUCAUUGCGGAAGGAGGGAUCAAAAUCUCUUUUGAGAUAAACACCACUCUCCAGUGGGACACCACCACAACUACUACCACAUCAGUUAUGGCUUCGGGUUCGGUUCCUGUGCCUGCGAGGAGUAGUGCGGUAAUUGACUAUGUCGGGACAAUGGGAACCUGCGAUAUUCCUUAUUCUUACACGCAGCAAGACAGGAGCUCCGCCGAUGGCACCAUUUCUUACACUGAGCAGGAUGAUGGUAUUUACAAAGGCGUCAGUUGUUACAACUUCGACUUUGUUACCAAAUCCCUUAAUGCCCUUGUCUGAACAUCCCAUGCCGUUUUCUCCCAAUCAUCAUCAACUUCAUAACUUCACUACAAAUAUGUACAGUACUUUCAAGUCAGAGCUACUCAGCCGAUCUGAUCUGCUCUCCUCAAAACAUCCAUUACCUUUGCCUAUUUUCUGUUUUUUUUAUUAAUUAUUGUGUGUGUUUUUUGGUAAGCUUCUUUCAGCUUUGGUUUCCCGUUGUUGUUGUUGUUGUGCUAAUAAUUUCCAGAUAUAUGUAUCUGAUGAUCCCCAAGUUUUAUGUGUACUCUAUGUAUGUAUCGUUCUGGUUGAUUUGAAAUAUGAAAUAAAAAUGGAUGUUUCAAUAUAA